GCUUUACCGGGAAUAGGGUUGGGCAGCCCUGGCGUAGAUACCGGAAAUGUGUCGCUUAUUUCAGAGGAAAGUAAACAGAAACAAUGUAGUGCGGCAGUUCAACCUCUGCUGUCUGCAGCGCGUGCAGUCGUUUCCGUCCUUAAUUUGCAUGAACUAUUUUAAAAUGGAAGUCUACAUACAGUUCAGUAAAAUCACGUUUUUUUAAAGCCAUCGUAACAUAACUCGCUAAUACCUGUCCAGCCUAUUUAAUCCCCCGCAAGAGAAGAGCACAAUCCUGACUCAUAAUUGUCGUUUUCAGAAUGCACAGUAUAGCUAUGGUAAAACUGAAUGAAAAAUACACGUCUGAAGGCGAGGCGACGCGUGACGAAGAGCUGCGUCCAGUGCCGAAGGAGAGGGCGAUUCUGGAAAGCUACUUCACGCAGCUGGGGAUAUUCUCCUUCGACAGGGCGAAGGACUACGUGGAGAAAGAGAAGGACAACAGCAAGAGCGCAGGGGCGAUAUGGGCCGCUCUCCUGGCCGCCCUCGCUCAUCUCGCCGCUGCAGAGAAAGCCUACCACAACAUGACUUUCUUGGGGCAAAAAAUUGGCGGCCAGUCGUUUUUCAGUCGGAAGGACUCGAUCCGGACCCUGUACACCUCUCUGUACAACGAGCUGAAGAAGGUGGUGACCACAGGCCGUAAUGCGGCUGGCGGCACUGCACCCUACCUGGAGGACCUGCUGUCUCAUCUGGCUGAGCAGCUGUGCCACUUCAUCCAGGCGCGCAUGGAGGUGGCCGACUUCUACGAGAAGAUGCACUCGCUGGGCGGGCAGAAGGCCGUCAGCUCCGAGGAGCUGGUGAGCGCGCUGGAGUCCGUGGCGCACAAGUACAGCUCCCGGUUCCACCACCCCAUCCUCAGCGGGCUGGAGAGCAGCUUCCAGGUGGAGCUGGACGUGCUGACGCAGCUGCUGCGCAGUCAGGCUCAGAUCUCCGAGUGGCAGUUCCUGCCGUCGCUGCUGAACCUGCACGCCGCGCAGUCCAAGCUGCAGAGCUGGGGCCUGGGGUUCGAGAGGCAGCGCGAGACCCGUAAGCACCUGUGGGGGGGGCAGGUGCAGCGCGCGGUGCAGCCCCCCCACCUGUUCCUGUGGCUGCGGCGGCUGCUGGCCUCGCUGCUGGCCAAGUUCAGCCUGUACUUCCACGAGGCGCUGCUGCGCCAGAGCUCUCUGUCCGACAUGAAGGCGCUCACCGCCAAGACCUCUCCCGACUACCUGGGCCGGAUCUCCGCCUUCAUCCGCAAGCACGACGCCCUCAACGUGUCGCUCAUCUUCGACAACCGCGGCUCCGAGAGCUUCCAGGGGCACGGGUACCACCACCCGCACUCCUACCGUGAGGCCCCCAAGGGUGUAGAUCAGUUCCCUGCCGUGGUGUCGUUGCCUAGCGACCGGCCACUCACGCACUGGCCCAACGUUAUCAUGAUCAUGAGCGACCGUGCGGCCGACCUCAACUCGCUGGACAAGGUGGUGCACUUCUACGACGACAAGGUGCAGAGCACGUACUACCUGAGCCGGCCUGAGCCCCACUUCACCAUCAUCACCAUCUUCGACUCCCGCAAGUCGGAGAAGGACUCCCACAUCGUCUCCUUCCUGCAGGACAUCUGCUGCUCGCUGCGCAACUCCAAACCCUUCACCUCCCUCAAACCCGGCUCCAAGGGUUGAGGGUCCGCUUCUCCCUGAUUAAUCCUCCAGGGUUCAUUGUCAGACCCUACGUUUGGAGUUGGUCUAUGAUGAGAGUACUGAGUGCAGCUGUCCAAUAAUAAAGCCAAAUACUUAAGACUUAAA